AGAGCCUCACGCAUUGACUGAGUUCUGCCAAGAUGAAGACCCUUCUGUUUCUGGGGCUCGUCCUCUUCACAGCGCUGGCACUGCCGAGGGCUGAGAGCAAAGUAUUUGAGAGGUGUGAGCUGGCGAGGGACCUGCGGCAGCAUGGCUUUGAGGGGUUCGUAGGCCGCAAAGUGGCUGACUGGGUCUGCCUGGCGCAACACGAGAGCGGAUACCGAACUGACGCUGUGCAUGACAACGGCAGCAGCCGCGACUACGGAAUCUUCCAGAUCAAUAGCCAGUAUUGGUGUGAUGACGGCAGGACUCCCGGUACCAAGAAUGCCUGCCGAAUCUCCUGCAGCAAACUUCUGGAUGACAACAUUGAAGAUGAUAUCCGCUGUGCCAAGUUGAUCGCCCUGGAAGCCAGAGGCCUGACCCCCUGGGUGGCUUGGAACGAGUAUUGUCAAGGAGAUGUCGACCCCUAUGUCCAGGGCUGCUGGCACAGUGAUCUUGGAAAUGUCUUGUAAAUGUUUGAAGCCAAAGAUCAACACUGGGGAAGAUGGCAUUGGAAAAUGUUUGGAUCAGUCAUCGAUCAGUGAUUCGUCUUGCAUCUCCAAUGGAAACAUGCUGAAUUAGCGUGAUUUGAGUAAAUCCCCCCCCCCCCAAAAUGAUUUUACAGUAAGAUAUUUGGGAUUAAUAAAGCAAAUAUGAAGCCA